AAAAAUAUACUGACUAUUUAUCAUUUUUGUAAUAAAUUGGUGUAAAAUUUAUUACCAUUUAUUAUAUAUUUAUACUGUCCUACAGUUUUACGUAUUAAUGAAUGCUAUUCCCCGCCGGCCAAUCAGCAAGCGGGACAGUCGUCUUGUCCGCCAAUCACAUUCCUCCGCGGCAUUUAAAGGUUCCCUCACUCAGUGCUCGGCGGUUCAACCCUCACGUGAAUUAGCUCAUAUUUUCCUCCAGGCACUGAUUCUUCGUGCAGUGACCGUCCCCAAGUGUGCAGGAUGGCUCUGAGGGCGCGGCAGCAGAUCAACAUGGCGGAGCAGAAUGCUGGGCCGAGGAAGGUGGAGGCCAAGGUGUUCCAGGGCCCCACACUCCAUCGGGCAGCCCUCGGGGAGAUGAGCAACAGGAAUCUCUCUCGCCUCGGCUUCAAGGCCACGAAAUCCCUGGACAUGGUGAAGCAGGAGCCUGUGUCCGGUCUGGGUGUAAAGAGGUACAGUGGCAAGGAGAAUGUGCAGCCCAGUGGAGUGCUGGAGAAGGUGAAGAAGGAGGUGGUAAAGAAGGAGCCAGUGGAGGAUGUGGUGAACAGCAGUAAGAUGGAGGUGGAUGAGCUGGCGGUGGCAUUCUCCAGCCAGCGACUUGAUGUGGAAGACAUUGACUCCCAGGAUGCCAGCAACCCCCAGCUGGUGUCUGAGUAUGUGUGUGACAUCUAUGACUACCUCAGGAGUCUGGAGAAUAAAUCUCAGGUGCAGUACCAUUACCUGGAGGGGCAGACCGUCACCCACAAGAUGCGGCUCAUCCUGGUGGACUGGCUGGUGCAGGUCCACCACCGCUUCACACUCACUCAGGAGACGCUCUUCCUCACUGUUGGCAUCCUGGACAGAUAUCUCCAGAAAGAGAGGAAUGUUCCCCGCAACAAGAUCCAGCUGGUGGGAGUGACGGCGAUGUUCAUAGCUAGCAAGUUUGAGGAGAUGGUUUGCCCAGACGUGGGGGACUUCUCAUACAUCACUGACAAGGCGUACACCAAGAGGGAGAUUCUAAAGAUGGAAAUUGACAUCCUCAAGAAGCUGGAGUUUAACAUUUCCAUCCCACUGCCUCUGCACUUCCUGAGGAGAAACAGCAAGGCAGGCAUGGUGGACUCAAGGCACCACACCCUUGCCAAGUACCUGAUGGAGCUAUGUCUGCCAGAGUACACCAUGUGCCACUUCAAGGCGUCUGUUAUUGCUGCUGCUGCUCUCUGCCUCACCCUCAAGCUACUGGAUGGUGGGGACUGGAAUGACACGCUGAUCUACCACUCCACCUACACAGAAGAGCAGCUCAUGCCUGUUAUGUGCAAGAUGGCUGCUGUGGUGGUCAAAAGUCACCAUAAUUCUAAACAGCAGGCUGUGAGGCAGAAGUAUGAGGCAACCAAAUUCAUGAAGAUCAGCAAGCUGCCUCAACUCAAGUCUGACAUAAUAACCAAGUUGGCAGAGAGAAGUGCUCUGUCUUAAGUCCCUUUAUGGUGCCUUGGACAGUCUGCCAUGUACAUACUAGUCUGUAAGGAAACCUGAGUUUUUAAUCUUGUGAUCUGUAGUGUAAAAAAAAUGCCUUAUGCCAUAUAUGACACAUAAGUGAUAUUUGUUAUUCCAUGGAUACAAGCAAGUAUUUUUAUAGAUACCUGGCUUUUUUGCCACAUCAGUUUUUUGAAGCUGUGGUACGGGAUUACUGGUAGGAGUGAGCUUUAAGAUGGCAUGCUAAUACCAUUGCACUUCCUUAUUUAGUUCUGAUCUUUUAUCAAAUGAAGAUGUAAAGUAUAUACAGUAGUUUUAGUUUUAUGGGUGUUAAGAGCUUGUGAUAAAAGCUACCAGAUGGGCGGGAGGGAAACAUGGCAGCCACACGGAGCGGAGUGGCUGGAGAUCAAACUAAUGUAUAGAUAAGACAUUUUUCUUUUAAUCUAUAUAUAUAUACUGGAGUCACUGUAGGAGGUGCUUGGUGGCCACGGUUGGCACUGGGCCAGGGGGCGACUCCUGGGAUUUUACAUUAGGAAGGGUACUGCUUGGCAUUACCUCUGAUCUGUGACUAGCUUCAGAAUCUGCCAUAGAUUUACUAGUUAUUAUGAUGGAAAGUCUGGCCGAGUUCCUCACUUGGAAAUGCACUGGUAAGAUAUUACGGCUUGAGUAUCAUUUACUUUUUAGUUAUUUUAUCUGUCUUAUUAUGCACUUCUAGUUCCUAAGGAGAGCCACUGCUGUGCAUCACUUUUUUUACUUCAUUGUUUCUGUGGUGGCAGUGCAAGGCAAGUCAGGAUACUUGUCUGUCCUGUGUGACAAGAGGUAAUUGUUCAUCUGUUAUUCAUGUAAGGUUAUAAGUCAUGUGCAGGAUGUAUGAAUGUAUGAGAGUAAUAAAUUAAGGUAGAUGUACAAAAUGUGUAUUAUCUCUUGAGAACUGAAGGUUUGACAAGUGAGGAGGGAAGGGAUAGGGAAUGCAUGCUUUGUGUGUGUGUGUGUGUGUGUGUGUGUGUGUGUGUGUGUGUGUGUGUAAGGUCAGUAUUGCAUGCUUCCAGAACUGUCAGUGAUGUGACUAAGAUUAUUCAAUGUAUAGCUAAAUAAAAAUAAAAAAGGAA